AACAUGCAUAUGUUUUACGAAAUGAUGCGAGUUGUUUUCUAAAACAACUUAUUAGUGCAGCAAGGAUGUAGAAUUGUAUAGUAGCUGUUUGCAUAACAUCGUUUCAUGCCGUGCAUUUCGAGCAGGUCGACUGGCACUCUAGACGAACUGUCCUAAUGGAAGGGGAGCACCGUUGUGUACUUGUGUUCCAAGCCGCCAAGCGUACCGAUGUUUCUUUGUCAUGGCUGCCUCAAGCCGGUGCAAUCAAGACAGUGGUAUAUUGGUAUUUGGCAGAUGGUUACUGAUGUGGGUGAAAAGUCGGUACAUCGAAGUUCUCAGACUUAGCGAUGGUGUCCAGUGUCCACUGAUUUUUAAGAAGCAAAUGCACCAUUUGCGCCAAGUGAAAAACAUGUAUUUACGAUCUUUGAGGUUUUCUGCACCUCAGUAAAUUUCUAGUGCGAACGAUGUGUAUACAGCAUUUGGUUUUAGUUUUUGAUAAACUGAGAAUUCAAAUACGAAUUCUUUCUAGAAUUCUCAUGGUCAACCCGACGUGAAUAAGAAGGCAAAGCAGCAAACAAAAUGCUGAAAUGCACAAGGAAAAGACGAACUCAUACAGCCCCAGUGUGAUAAAAGUGGCCCAUGUAAGCUACGCGGCGGCCCAAAGUGCUGUCAGCGAGAGCCCGCGGCGGUGCCCUUUCCCUCCUCCCAACUCCAAACAAAACAACUCAAAAAAAUUCCAAAGCAAGCCGCGAAGCCGUGUGACAGAGAGAGAGAGAGAGAGAGAGAGAGAGAGAGAGAGUGAGGGAGGGAGAAAUCGAGGGAGAAAAUGGCGGACGCCGCCCGGUACGAGGUGCAGCGACGGCGGCAGAUCGAGGAGAACAAGCGCAGGAUUGAGGAGCUGGGGCUGCGCCACCUCGCCGCCGCCGCCAUGCCCCCUAAGGCCAAGCAGCUGAAGCUGAAGCACAAGGCGCGGGCGCCGGGGGCAGCCGCCCCGCCUCGGCGGUCCGGCCGCGUGGCCAAUCUCCCCGACCAGCCCGAUUACCGCGAGAAUGUCAAGAAAAAGAUAGUAAUUGGUCCGACCGCCGCAGAAAGAAGCUACGCCAUCGCCAAGGCCAAGGCCAAGGAGCUGGAGGGCGAGCUGCGUGCUGACUACCCCACCUUUCUGAAGACCGUGAGCAAGUACUAUGCCACUGCAUUCUCGCUGUCACUCCCGCCACAUUUCUGUAGGGAGCAUUUACCAGAGCACGGCAAGGUGAUCACGCUGGUGGAUGAGGAGGAUGACGAGUUUGAUGUGCAAUACUAUAAGGGGCCAAAUGACCGUGGCUACUGCAUUACCAGCUGGAGAGGGUUUGCCACUGACCACAAGCUGGACGAUGGUGACUGUCUGGUGUUCCAGCUUAUUCAGCAGAGAAAGUUCAAGGUAUACAUCAUAAGAGCACGUUCUUACUUGAAAAUGAUGAGCUGAGAGCUUCUAACAUCUUAUUGGAGCAGUUUCAGAAAAAUGAGGAGCUAGUUGCGCAAAUGGAGGGUCCACAAUUUUGCUGUCUUUUGCCCAUCAGGAUCAUCCGCUGGUCCUGUUCAGGACUCAUCAGAGGUGUAUUUUGUCUACCAUGGGUCCAGGGCUUCUACUAACGAGUGCAUAUGGAUUACCAUGUACUGCUACAAUGUUAAUCUGGCCAGCAUGUUUCAGCCUGACUUACUUAGCUGCAACA